CCCCUCCGAGGCCUAUAAAUACCGAACCCAGCACCAACUUCCAUUGCAUAACUUUCACAAAAACCAGAGCCUGCAAUUUAGUGAGUGCAAGCUAUGACAGCAGAAGCCAUGGCAUCCAAGCCCUCAGCGUCAGCUGCCCUCUUCCUCGCCCUCAACCUCCUCCUCUUCGCCUCGGCCAGUGCCUGCGAAACGUGCCCCAGCCCAAGCCCUUCCAAGGGCAGAUGCCCCAUGAACACCCUUAAGCUAGGUGUGUGCGCCGACGUGCUGAAAGCUUUGAUCGUUAACAUCGGCAAGCCACCCAAGAAGCCCUGCUGCACUCUGCUCGAAGGCCUCGUCGACCUCGAGGCUGCCGUAUGCCUCUGCACUGCACUUAAGGCCAAUAUCCUGGGGAUCAAGCUCAACAUCCCCGUCGACCUCAGCCUGCUCCUUAACUACUGUGGGAAGAAGGUACCGAAAGGCUUCCAGUGCCCUUAAAAAGAAAAAAAAACAACACCAUCUAUUGCUUUGUGCGUGGAUUAUAAUAUAAAAUCAUGUCGUUGUCUUCUUGCAUGGUGCGUCUUUGGUUUGGGUUGUUUAUUAGGGAACAGUACAACUCGUGAACGUGAUCGGUUCGUGCAAUAAUAGUUUGAUGUACACUGUGUUUGGUACUCUCCUACUGUUGUAUCUGGAGAUUAUGUAAGAAUAAAAGUACCCUUUGCUCUUAGUAAAACAACUAUAGUACCAACAUUUGCCAAUGA